AUGCCAUGCAAGUGUUAUCUUAUUAUUAUUAAGAUUGUUUUUGCAUGUCUACGAUUUCGGCCGGCAUGCCUACAAGAGUUUGGUAUUGGGUCGGUUAAGUUGUAUGGUUAUGCUGAGUGUUUACUCAGGCGUUCUGGAUUAGUCUCUCCUAAUCAAACCUACAAGUAUUUAGAGUGUCCUGCGGAGCACCUAGUCGAAAGGACUUUGGGAGCGGUGUUCAUGAUUACGAAUUUUGUUUUAUGCAUGCAUGCCUUCAACGAGAUAUUAUAUGAACUUCUAGAAUCUGUCGACUUACUAAGCUAUUACUUUAUUAACAUUAUCCUAAGCCACAAUUGUGUUAAAGAACUAAUUGUAUGCCUGUGGAAAGAAGAUCCUACUAACUUUUAUUUCUAUUUUAUUUUAUUAUUACCAAUCCAGCGAAUUGCCGUGGAACAGAAAAGGGUAAAGUAUUAUGAGGUUUGA